AUGACCUCCGACAGACCGGGUAGUGGUGUCAUAGCCCACUCUGUCCAUGUGCCCGGCUCUGGUAUCGACGACGAGGAAAUUGCCGUGGCCUUGCAAAGCCAGAAACUCGAAAAUCAGCCACGCGACCGCGUCAAGGAGCAAGACGAGAAUGAGGUCUUCCAGGUCUUGAGCUUUGCUGAUGUCCCUGCCAACAUCUCCGACCUCCCAGCACCACGUGGUCCGUUCCCUGCAUCUACCAUCGGUACUACUACCACUAUUGGUGCCACCAGCGAAGACGAACCGAGCACCAUCCCCAUUCCCUUAGAGACGCCCGCCUUGAGCCGUAGCACCACAAAUAACACGAUUCGCAGCACCAGCAGUGGAAGCUUCACCAGCAGUACAACCAACAACCCUAACAACCCCAACUCCGCGCACGCAUGCGCACCCGGUCCGGCCCAGCCUCACCAUCACCCCCCGACUUCUGCUAUCCGCAAAACUUCUCCAGGUCUUGCUGCGAGACUAAAGGCCCUUGGGUUUGGGACCUUGAAACAGACGCCAUCGGUCCCCACACCACAUCACGACCACAUAGGUCGUCUCGACGAACAACAACUCCGCCAACUGGACGAAAAUCACCAAGCCAACUCUAUCAGCUCGAUUAUUGCUAGGCGCGGUCGGCCUUGGAAAGGCGCAGGCGCCUCCACGUCGGCCCUGCUCAAUUCGACGACUGAGCCCAUCGUUACCGCCGAAUCGCCUCAAUUGCCCGAGAUCAAAACGCCAGAACCUCUGGCCAUGGAUACACAGAAGUACCGCCUGCCGGACCACACCAAUGGCAAUGGCACCAAGGUAACCCUUGAUACACGACGCGAACAUAUCGAGCGUACUACUCUCCCCUCAUCUCCUCCCGAAGCUCUGCCUCCCCCUCCGCCACCGAAAGAUACGCCACCGCCUGUCACGCCUCCCGCCAUCGCGUCUUCGAACGAAUAUGUUGCUGGGCUAGAUUCAUAUUUCACGCCAGGUCAUAACCGACCCGUCUCUAUAUAUACAUUAUCUCGUGCUUCCUUCGCGAACCAACUGGCUCAGUUGACGUCACUUCAACUGCCGGACGCCGAAACCUUGUCCAGCAAAGUUUCAUCUAUCCGAACAGCUCACGUAGCCACCAAGGCCCUCAUCAAUGCCUCCGAGCAAAUACGAAGUUGGAUCUCCAAAGCACAGGAAGUCAUUGGUGGUCUUGAUAGCGAGGACGACGUUGAAUGGGCUGCUGCUGGAGGCCGGGAGGGUCUUGAAGAAGUUGAGAACGCCAUCACCCGUUUUGAAGAUUUAAUCAAUGCCUAUAUUGGUGCCAUUGAGGAGUUGCAAAAACGAAAUGAUAUUUCUCAUGUUCCUUCAGAAGACCUAAACAAGGCAGUUGCACAAAUGGAAUUAAUUGUUGAUGAGUGGGCUCACAUCCGUGCCACCCUGCAAAGUGUCCGGGUCCAAGUUGAGAUUGCAAUGGAGUGGGAAGAGCUGUGGAAUAAUGUCUUGGGAGAUAUUCAGGGAGAGAUGGACGAACUGAGCAGACUGGUUUUUGAAAUGGAGGAACGCCGCCACAAGAGUGUCGUUGCUGCUGCUGGCGGCGAUACUGUCGAUAUUGGCGAUCUCGAGAAUAUUGUCGAGGACACGCCUCCACCUGUUACUCGGCUGCAAGCCCCUAGCCGCUUCGGUCUGCCCUCGGUGCCCAUGAGCCCUGGUUCCCCUGGCACACCCAGUCUUUCUCAGGAUGACUCUAGCCUUUUGGCCCUGUUUGCCAGGAUGCAGCCUCUGCGAGCAUCUCUAGACUUUUUGCCCAUGCGGCUAUCCGUAUUUGAGGCCCGAGCCGAAAAGGCUUUCCCUACAGCAUGCGAGGAGCUCGAAAUGCGUCGCACUGGCCUGGAUGGAAGCUACAAGAAGCUGGAAAAGGAUGCAGAGUCGCUGCGAAAGGAGUUGGGCGAGGACCGUUGGGUUAUCGUCUUUCGUGGAGCUGGCCGUCAAGCACAGAAGAUGCAUGAGUCUGUUCAGCGGUCCUUGCUCAAACUUGGUGAAGCUAUUGAUACCGAAGUACAUUUACAAAGCCCGCCCACUAUGAUGAAGAAAAUCGAAAGCUACGAAGCUAAGAAGACGCACUACGGUCCGGCUAUCGAACGUGUUCUAUCCAUCAUUGAUAAAGGUGUCAAAGACCGUUUGACUGUGAACGGCGAGAUCCUCCGUCUUCACGCUGACAUGCAGACUCGGUGGGAGUCGCUAAAAGCCCAAAUGCAAGAAAUGGAUGCCAUUAUUGACGAUAUUCAAGCAGACAGGAAGAGUCAACAACUGCGAGACUCUGUGUCAAGCAUGCUCUCCUACGACAGGUCGACUGUCGGGAGUGGGCGUGACACACCCGGAAGCUCUCCACCAUCGUCAGCUAUUAUGAAUUCCCUUGGCUUCGAUCCACAAACGCCUCUAACCAGGGGCAAAGGACGUUCCCCAGCCCUCAACAAAAUUUCUCAGUCGACUGGCAGAAGGCACUCAUCUUUGCCCGCUCCUUCAUCCACCCUGAACAGGAAAACAGGCCCCAGGCUAUCAACAAUUGCUAGCUCCUCUGCUGCUACUCCUGCUACCAACUCAAGAACCCCUGGGCGUCCAGGGGCUACUGCUGGCUACAGGCCGCCUUGGAACGGCUCAACUAAUACUUCAGAUAUUGAUACCGGACACCAUUUCCAGCCUCUUAGCUUAACUAUACCGAGUCCUUACACAAAAUCAAGUCCCAGCAACCAGCGAUCGGUAUCCGCUGCCACACCGUCGUCGGCAUCAAGACUCCCAACUCUCAGGGGAGCCUUUUCUAGGUCCGCUUCAGAGUCCCCACAGGUUGACAACACUCCUUCCAGAGGUGGUCAUUCUCGACUAUCAUUCCGUGAGCGACUGACAUCACCUGGGCCUUACUCUCAGCAGACUCUGUCCAGGCCGCGAUUGACUUCACAAAGCUCCAUGUCUACCUUGAAUUCGAAUCGCCGAAUCUCAAUGCAGCCCACUGGCUCUGAAAGUGCUGUGGAAGAGAGUCAGCUGUCCCGUCCAGCAAGCUCCCUAGCCUCUAGCCAUCGGCGAACAAGUUUCUUGCCACACCUCAGACGAGAAAGUAGCACAGGUCGCAAUAGUCCCCAGCUUUUUACUGCCAGUCGCACCUCUACUAAGAAAGGUAUUGCUGAGCCCAAAGAUUCAAAGCCUCGUUGGCGUCACUAA